AUGGCUUUUCCUUUUCUGCGAGCCUUUGUUGCACUUUUUAUCUAUCGCUACGCUCGACUAGUGGUGAACCUGAUCUCUUUCUGGUCAUUUAAGCCGAUCCCGCCACCGGAGAACCCGAAACUCACCUCGCAGGAUGUCACGGUUAUUAUCCCCACACUGGAGGGUUGUGGCGACGAAUUGGUUGAGACGAUUCGGUCCAUCCUCGACAACCAGCCCUACGAGAUCUUGCUGGUGACGAUCGAAGCAAACCGGAAGAAGGCCGAGCGCAUGCUAUAUGCUAUGCCAGCCUCCAAAUCUCGCAUUCGUCUGUUUACCGUCACCCACCCGAAUAAGCGCCGCCAAAUGACUCGCGCGAUUCCCGAAGUCCGAACCGCUAUCACCUUGCUUGCCGACGACGACGUGAGCUGGCCUUCUACCGUGCUUCCCUGGAUUCUGGCGCCCUUUGAGAAGGAUGACCGAUACGGUGGUGUCGUGACGUGCCAGCGUCUGCGCCGCGCGGUAAACCCUAGCCUCUCGCAGCGAGUUUGGGGAUAUUUGGGAGCUUUAUACCUAGAGCGUCGUAACUUUGACUGUGGCGCGACGACGAAUAUUGAUGGAGGAUUGCCGUGCAUGUCGGGCCGUACGGUGGCUUAUCGGACGCAGAUUCUUCAGAAUGAGGGCUUUACUUAUGGGUUCACCAACGAGGAGUGGUGGUGGGGAAAAUAUCAACUCAAUGCGGAUGACGACAACUUCAUUACUCGCUGGAUGGUCUCGCAUGGCUGGGAGACUUAUAUGCAGUACCACCCCGAAGCGGAGGUGCUCACCACCUUGGAAGAUAAUCCCCGAUUCUUGAAGCAAUGCGCGCGGUGGUCCCGAAGUAACUGGCGGAGCAAUCUCACCAGUAUGUUCCACGAGAAGCACAUCUGUCGUCAGCCCUGGAGCGCCUAUGCAGUACACUUGACGACUUUGUCGCCGCCGGCCCUGUUGGGCGACCUCCUCUUGGUGUGGUUGUGCCACAAGGCUACCAUCACUUGGGGCGAUGCUUCUCAUGCUCAUGCAAUGAUGGCUCUCGGCUUGUGGAUGUUCACCAGCAAGUGGAUCAAGUUGGUUGGUCAUUACAUUCGGUACCCAGUCGACCUUCUUCUGUUGCCCAUCUCCGUUGUAUUCGGUUAUUUCCACGGAGCAAUCAAGAUGUAUGCCGUGAUGACCUUGAAUGUGACAACAUGGGGUAGCCGUGACGGCGCUGAUGACUAUGACGCCGAACGUAUGAAGAAGCGCACCGAUGCGGAUCGCAGGAAGCAGCCCUAUUACCCAAGCUACUUCACCAAAUAA